CUGUGCCACCCCAGAGAGGGACGCUGCCAGCUGGGCACAGGUACCAGGCUCUGAAGGUCCUCGGGAUGCAUCGGUUUCAAGCUUCCUGGCAUAUGCAGGCCAGUAUGCCAGGCUGGCAGAGAUCAUCUUGAAGGAAGCCUCACUGACCAGAAAGGUUAAGAAGGAGGGCUUGGGGGCCCACCAGCCCAGCCAGCCCAGGAAGGCCUGCAGUGGGACCUCGCCCCUGUCCUGUGAGUCGGCUGAGGAAGGAAAAGCUGCAGAGGGCCAGAGGAGGCCUGGAGAGAAGCAAAGACCAGGGCGUACACAGGUGGACCAGUCCCCAGCCCAGGCGCCAGCUUGUCUGCAUCGCUGAGAAGAGGCAGCACCAUGCUGGGCUCCCACCUCCCAUCUCCAGCCCUUGGACCCAGCGAAGGCAGACCUACUCCCUGCACCUUCCGGAUCCCUGAUGGGAACUACAGGUGUCUGGCCCUGGAGGCCGAGGAGAGCGGCGGCGAGGAGGGCCUGCAGGGGGAAGCAGGGCUCAUGGACUUGGAGGGGGACAGAGUGGUCAGCAGAAGUGGGGACAACUCUGCCUGCAGAGACACCCAAGGAGCACCAGAACUGCCCAAAGCUCUGGGCAUCCAGCCACCCAGCUGCUCCAGGGAGGCACGAAGGGGCCCUCAGCAUGACAACAGGACCAGCCAGGAGUGGGACAUAGUGAAGGCCCGCCAGGUGAUGACAGUCAGCCCCAGCCCCAGCUCAGGGUCCAGGAUUCCCCAGAAACCAGCGUUGGGCCGGAGCACUAGCCUCACCGAGAAGGAUCUGAAAGAGGCCAAGGCUCGCAGCCAGCAGAUCGCUGCCCAGCUGACCACCCCUCCCAGCUCCAACUCCCGCGGUGUCCAGCUCUUCAACAGGCGCCGGCAGAGGGUGAACGAGUUUACCUUGGAGAGCCACGGCCGGAGGGGGGGACAGAAGCUCAUCCAGGAGUCCCUCAGAGUGCCCCCUGCCAGCCCCACAGGCCAUGCCCCAGGGUUCAGCCUGAGUCCCACCUCACUCCCCGAGCCCGACCCUCCAAGGAACCCUGACUGCCAGAGCCCUGACAUAGGGCUCUCUGGUCACGGCAUGGAGGGGUGCUCAGAGGAAGCCAGCUUAUUGCGGCACCUGGAGAAGGUGGCCAGUGAGGAGGAAGAGGUACCACUGGUGGUCUAUUUAAAGGAGAAUGCAGCCCUGCUGAUGGCCAAUGGGCUUCACCUGUCCCAGAACCGAGAAGCCCAGCAGACCCCACCAACCCUGCCUCCAGCUGAGGUCCACAGCCCAACUGCAGAUGUCAACCAAAACCUUCCCUCACCCAGUGCCACACUCAUCGCACCAGCUUCUAACAGUAACCACAGCCCGCCAGCCACAGAUGUUAAUCAGAACCCACCGGCAGCUGUGACCCCUCAGAGCAGGCCGCUUUCUAGCAUCCAACAGAAUUCUUCGGACGCACAACUCCCAUCAAAUGGCACAGUCACAGAUUCGAAGCCCAGCACCCUGUGUGCGAGCGGGCCACCCCAGGAGCUGGCUGUGGAGGCGAGAUCCAGCACACUCCUAAUUGAGAAGGUAUCAGCUCCACCUGCCACCACCUUCUCCAGAGAAGCUGCUCCCAUCUCCAGUUCGGGGCCCCCAGCCCCCGAUUUCACGUCCAGCUCCCUGCUCAUCGAUGUCCAGCCCAGUGCCGCAGCAGCAGCAGCUGAACAAGAGACAGCUGGGCAGACUGUCACCACCACACCCACCAAGCUGUAUAGCGAGGUCCACCUCACGCUGGCCAAGCCCCCAUCCGUGGUCAACAGGACGGCCAAGCCCUUUGGGAUCCAGGCACCAGGGAACUCCAGCCAGAUGGAGCGGAGCCCAAUGGUAGAGAGACGACAUCUCGGGGGGAAGGCCCCAGCUCCCCAGUCCCACAGCAUGGCAGACAGGAGCCCUCGACCACAGAGACACGUGAUGUCCCACAGCCCCAUGGUGGAGAGGAGGCCUAUGGCGCAGCGAAGCCCUGCCUUGGAGAGACGCCCUUUGGGGAACUUCACCCCACCCCCCACCUAUGCCGAGACCUUGUCCACAGCCCCUCUGGCUUCCCGGGUUAGGUCUCCCCCCUCUUAUUCUGCCCUGUACCCCAGCUCUGACCCUAAGCCUUCCCAUCUGGCUCUCCAGGUGGUUCCCACCAGCAAGACGGGCAUUUUGGAGGAGUCAAUGGCCCGAAGGGGCAGCCGGAAAUCCAUGUUCACCUUCGUGGAGAAGCCCAAGGUGACCCCGAACCCAGACCUGCUGGACCUGGUACAGACGGCUGAUGAGAAGCGGAGGCAGAGGGACCAGGGAGAGGCCAGCCUGGAGGAAGAACCCUUUGCGCUGGGAGCCGAGGCCUCCAACUUCCAGCAGGAGCCAGCGCCCCGGGACAGAGCCAGCCCCACCGCGACCGAGGAUGUUCUCCCCGAGUGGGCCUCCUGCCUCAAGUCCCCACGCAUCCAGGCCAAACCGAAGCCCAAACCCAACCAGAACCUGUCCGAGGCCUCUGGGAAGGGGGCUGAGCUCUACGCUCGCCGCCAGUCCCGCAUGGAGAAGUACGUCAUCGAGUCUUCGGGCCAUGCUGACCUGGCUCGCUGCCCUUCACCCACAAUGUCCCUGCCGUCAUCCUGGAAGUACUCCAUAAAUGCCCCUGGCAGCCUCCGCGUGGCAUCCCGAAGCCCAGCUCGGACCCCGCCUGCCUCCCUCUACCACGGCUACCUGCCUAAGAAUGGAGUCCUGCGCCCAGAGCCCACCAAGCAGCCGCAGCCACCGUACCAGCUGCGGCCCUCGCUCUUUGUCCUGUCUCCCAUCAAGGAACCUGCCAAGGCCUCUCCAAGAGCCGCCUCACCCGCCAAGCCAAGCUCCCUGGACCUGGCGCCCAGCCUGCCCAAGGCGACCCUCCCUCGGUCACCUGCCCUGCCUCGGCCCUCCCGGUCCUCCCCAGGCCUCUACCCGGCCCCGGGCCAGGAUGGCCUCCAGCCCACCACCAUGAGCCCCACCUACAGCAGUGAUAUCUCCCCCCUGUCUCCCUCCAGGGCCUGGUCCCCCCGAGCCAAGCAGGCCCCCAGGCCUUCCUUCUCCACCCGGAAUGCUGGGAUCGAGGCUCAGGACCGCCGCGAGAGCCUGCCCACCUCCCCGCCCUGGACGCCGGGUGCGUCCCGGCCCCCCAGCAGCUUGGACGGCUGGGUGAGCCCGGGACCAUGGGAGCCGGGCCGAGGGAGCAGCAUGAGCAGCCCCCCGCCGCUGCCGCCGCCGCCUCCACCGCCCAUGUCCCCCUCGUGGAGCGAGCGCUCCGAAUCCCCGAUGCGACCUGAAACCGAGAUGCGGCCCCCCAGCCGCCAACUGCAGGCGCUCCUGGCGCGAAAUAUCAUCAACGCCGCCCGGCGCAAGAGCGCCUCCCCGCGGCCGGCCGGCGCCGAGAGCUUGCGGCCCUUCUCCCCGCCCAGGGCGCCGCCGCCGCCGCCGCCGCCGCCGCCGCGCAUGCGCUCGCCGCAGCCCGCCCGGCCCGGCCCGGCCACCGCCCCCGGGGCCACGUUCGCCCCAAUCCCGCGGAGCCCGCUGCCGGCCGGGCCCUCGCCCUGCGCCAGCCCCCGCAGCCCGCUGCCGGCGGCGCCCAGGCCCUUCCCCUACCGCCGCUCGCCCACGGACUCCGACGUGUCCGUCGACUCUGAGGACUCCGGGGCCAAGUCGCCCGGCAUCCUUGGCUACAACAUCUGUCCCCGCGGGUGGAACGGCAGCCUGAGGCUCAAACGUGGCAGCCUCCCCGCCGAGGCCUCCUGCACCACCUAAUGCCUCCUCUGCCCCACCUCAUCCCCACCCUGGGAUGUCCAAGCCGGAAGAAAAAUCAGGCUUCGGAGAUCCCAGCACCAAGCCCCCAAGGGGUCUGGUCUCUUUGGACAGCCCUGGAGAUAAGGGGUCAGAGAGAAGAGCUCUGGGCUUGAGGGUGCAGUAGUGAUCCAAGCUUGGGUUCUAGCCUUAACUCUCUCAUUCAGUCGUUCUGUGAACCUGGGCAAGACCCUUCCAUGGUUGGACCCUCAGCUUUUGAAUCUGUUUAAUGGGGCUUUGGCCAAAGCAAUCUCAAACUUCUUAACGCCCCCUCCCAUCAACACACACACGCACACACACCUUGGAAGAGGCAGGGCAUUGUGUAUAUGGACCCCUGGACUUGCUGCAUUCCAGGCUGCCAUACUCCUCCCUCCCUUCCUGGCUCUGCUCUCUGGAGUCUGGCAAAUGAGGGGUGUGUUCAGAAGAUCUUAGGCCUAAGUUCCCUGUCCAGUUCCUGGCUUGACCAUCCGCCUCCCUGGCACCAAGUCCCAGGCAGGAGCAGCUGUUUUCCAUCCCUUCCCAGACAAGCUCUAUUUUUAUCAUGGUGACCUUUAGAGAGGUCUCCCAGGCCGGCUCAAGGUGCCCCUCUGGCUCCUCUGGAGAGAAGAGGCAGGAAGAUUUCUCCUCCCAGACCCCUCUCAUGCUUCUCUCCGCCCCAGCUCAGAUGGCCCAGUGCAUCUUCUAUGCAGCCAGAGAAGAGUCAGUACGGCGAUGAUUUCCCCCAGGCCCAAGACUUGGCCCUCCAGGUUCCUCCAACCCACCUAUUUCUUCUGGGUCCUUUCAUGGCAGCCCUUUCAAACAAAGCUCAGCUCUUUCAGGGUUGAUGUGGCGCUAUCUAUUAUUCUAUAGCUUUACCUGACAGCACUGAAUUUGAGUUUGCCCAUUUGGAAAGAGGGAGGCAAAGAGUUCCUUGUUAUGGGACGUAUGCAAGCAGUGGCCAGGAUGCAUAGAGGAGAUUCUAGUAGGGAAUGGAUUGGCUCAGAUGACCUCUGAGGGCUCUUCCAGUCCUGAAAUGCAUUCCAUGGUAUUAGGAAGGGAGGGAAAGUAGUGAUGGAGGAUUAGCUGGGCAGAAUUCAGAGGCAGGUGAGCUUGGUGGGGGGUUAGAAUGAGGGGUUAGACCAGUCAGCCUGUGUUUCUGCUUCCUUAGGAAGUACCCUACUCUUAGGUAACAAGCCCCAGUGUCCAUAUCAUGCCCAGAGGAAUGGGCACUGUUCUGCCCAUCGCUUUCCCAUUACUCUCUGGCCUAGCUAGUGCCUGGUGCCCAGUGACCUUAGGGGGCCUGGCUGCAGGCCCUCGCCUGUCCCUUAAACCUUGAUGGCUCUGAUUCCAAUCCCCUGGAGGAACAUGGGGAGGAAUGUGGCUAAGUUCUAUAGUUUCCAGAGUUGGCUGGUGGUGCCUUCUAGAGGUUCAGAUACUAAAUGCAGGGAUGGGGGGCAAGGGGGUGAAGGGUGUUGUAAUUGGCUGAGGAUCAAAGGUGUCUAGGGGAAAGGAUACCAGGAUGUUGCCAAAGAUGAGGGACAGUGUGGUUUGGGGUUAGGGGUAGACUUACCCAUCAGGGUGUCGUUAGACCUGGAACCCUUAGGUAAGGCUAGAGAAAGCUGGGGUCAGGAUGGCAGUCAGUGGGUGGGUUGGGUGCUUUGGAGUAAAGAAGUGAUCCCAGAGGCUUCCUGAGGCCUAAGGAUUGGGAAUACAGGCCCUGUUGGUGGGAAGAUGAGAGGGUGCUCCCGCUUAGUCAAUGAUGAGUGACACAUUUACCAAAGUCCCCACCUGCUUUAGGGUCCCUUGUAUCAUGGAAGACGGGGGCUAAGGCCUCUUUCAGAGAAGAGACACUCUUAGGCCACUGGCUGAUGCAGUGGCAUAGAAUAUCUACUUUUACCUGCAUUUCCACGAAGAGCCAGCAGGAGGCAGCUUUGAGAAGCUAUAGUUCUGUUUGGCUGUUCUCUCCUAUCACGGCCUUCUCCCCGAAUCCUCUCCUGUAACCCUUUAGAGAUCGCCUGUGUCCUGUCUCUUGCCUCCUGUAGAAAUCGGCUCUGGCCCUAAAUAAAUGCUUCCUGCAUCCUUCUG